CCGUAGCGGCUCCGCUAUAAAACCCGGUCCCGCAUGAUCGCGGCACCCCCGGAGGCCUCCUCGGCGCGCGCCCACCGGCUCUGCGGCGUGUUUGCUCCUGUGAGGGAUGCGGCUGCUGCCUGCGCUCCUGGCCCUCGCUGCUGCCCGGCCCUUGGCCUGCGCAGAUUCACACUGGUGCUACGACAUUCAAGCCAAGGCCUCCAACUAUGCUUGCUUGGUGACUGGUGCUGCCCCAUUCCCAAGCGUCUAUCAACUGGCUACAGGGAAUCAGCCUUCUCCAGGGCCUAGCCAAUGGGGUGGAGACUGCAAGAAGAACCGCCAGUCCCCCAUCAACAUUGUCACUACCGAGGCACAGGUAGACCCAAACCUGGGACUCUUCUCCUUCUCUGGCUAUGACAAGAAGCAAAAGUGGAAAGUCCAAAACAAUGGGCAUUCAGUGAUGGUAUUGCUGGAGGAUGAGGCCUCGGUCACUGGAGGAGGAUUGGCUGCCCGCUACCGGGCCAAGCAGAUGCAUCUGCACUGGUCAGAGGAGUUGGAUAAGGGCUCAGAACACACCCUCAAUGGGGUUCGCUAUGCCAUGGAGAUGCACAUAGUACAUGAGAAAGAGAAGGGGACAUCGAGGAGCGAGAAAGAGGCCCAGGAUCCCAAAGAUGAGAUUGCAGUGCUGGCCUUCUUGGUGGAGGCCGGAUCUGAGAAAAAUGAUGGCUUCCAGCCUUUGGUGGAGGCGCUGUCUUAUGUCCCCAGACCCAAGAUGAACACCACAAUGAAUGACAGCAUCAGCCUGUUAGACCUGCUCCCCAAGAAGGAGACACUGAGGCACUACUUCCGCUACCUGGGCUCACUUACCACUCCAGGCUGCGAGGAGAAGGUUGUCUGGACUGUGUUCCAGGAGCGCAUUCAGCUCCACAAGGACCAGAUCGCUGCGUUCUCCACGAAGCUCUACUACGACUCGGAGCAGAAACUGAAAAUGACAGAUAAUGUCAGGCCACUGCAGCGCCAGGGACAGCGCCUGGUGUUCAAGUCUCAGGCCCCAGGACAGCUGCUGCCCUUACCCUUGCCAACCCUGCUGGUCCCCAUGCUCACCUGUCUGUUGGCUGGCUUCCUCGCAUGAUAGCUCACUUCUGGACACUUGACCUCUGCUCUCAUCCCAUAGAGGCCUGGGGCCUCCAUUCCUCAGGCUUCCUAGCUUGGAUUUUGAUGAUGAUUAAACAGAUAUAUUUUUGGA